CAUGAUACCGAUGUGUCCUAAAGUAAAAUUUGAGUAAAAUUGGUCUCAUUGAGAUUUUGAGUAUUCUUGCAUACGUAUUCAAAAAGCUGAUUCAAAAUUUCAAAACUAAAGCAAUUACAAAAUAAAAUACGGAAGCAGACCAAAGCAUGGCAUACAGCAAUUUGAGCGACGUAGGAUUUGAGUAUGACCUUGGAGAUGCCUUGAAGGGAAGAUUUUGCCUUUAGUGAAAAUGCGAAGUGGCGCUCACGUGAUCGGUGAUUGCCGCUGUUUUACGUCUUAUCUCUUUCUCUUUCUUAUUUCGUUUUCGUCUCGCAUACACACACGCACACACACACAACACAGCGAAGCACAUCACAUUGGCAUUUUCCGUUUUCGUUUGGUUGAUGGUUCUUGAUCUUGAAUUUCGUUUGAACUUUCGCGCUCGUAGCUUGUGUAAUUUGAAAGCGUGCUCGACUGCUCGUGCAUUAUUGAAUUGUUUUCUAGUACAACCUAUUAAAGAUCAUGAGAUAAAUUCAAUUCGACAGAUUCGUGAAGCUUUAUAAGUUGGAUGUCGGAAAGUCAAGUUCGCUUUUCUAAUGGUGUAGAAAUACCAACAUUUUAUCGCUGAAUUCUGAUAUAUAGCUAGUGAAGACAUAUCGUGACUGUUGACUGCAAACACGAAGAUUUAAAAAUCCGAAAUGAAUGUGUUUUUUCCUUCAACCGAGGAAAUGUCCCUUUCUUCCGAUAAUGAAACCACCGAUUCCGACGAUGAUACCCUGGUAGCAACUGAAGAUAGAAAAAUGUGGAAACUAAUUACUUCGUCAAGUCUGGAUGAUUCGACAAAUGAUGCAUCGAUUGCAUGCUAUGAAACGGAAAGGAAUUUGGACAGAGGUGUAUAUAAAGACGUUUCCGUACAAGUGGAAUCCUAUAUUUAUAAUCUAGAUCAAGUAACACUGGCGUUAAAAUCGGAUUAUUUCGAAAAACUUUUCACCUCUGAUUUCGUCAAGAUGAAAAAUGGUGUUGUAGAGAUUCAAACGAUUGAUAGUGAUACAUUUUCCACCAUAAUCGAUAUCAUGUACGACGACAAUCUGGAAGCUUACUUAAACGUGGAAAAUUUCGCUGCGUUGCUAAUAGCGAUGGAUUAUCUUCAAAUGCAAAUAGACUUGAAAGUUUUUCGUGAUUUCUUGACCAAAAACUUGCAAUCAACUUCGUUACUUUCCUGCGGCGUAUGCAAGUUACUCGGUUCCAUCGCAGACAAUUCGAAUUUCGAGUAUCUAUUGCCGACGAUUUACCAGUAUCUUUCUAUUCAUCUCAUCAACAUUCUCAGAUUUGACGAUUUCCUUCUUUUACCCAUCGAAGCAUUAGUGAAAAUCAUCACGAGGAAUCGAUUCCCGCGAUACGCGGCAGAAAAACAGAGAAUUCCUCUAAUUUGCACCAAAUGGAUCUGCAACGAUAUCGGAAACCGACUAAUUCAUAUGACAGAUCUAGUCAACGCUGCUAAAUAUCGAUACGGAUUCCAUUUCAAAUUGGACGGCCGAAGCAUGGACGCGCAAUUUCUAAUCGAUAUCGACAAUCUACGCCAGCAAAAAAAAGAGAUGGAAAGAUAUUUCAAUAAUCUGCUGAAUCAGAAUGGACAAAUUGAUCCUGCUGAACGAGAAUUAAAGGAGAAUAAUCCGAACGCGCAAGUUUACAGCAUCAUCAACAAAAUCAACGAAAAGGCUAAGUGGAGCUCAUUUUUGGAAAACAAGUAUUUCUGCGAUAUCACAGUCAAGGUUGGAAAAGAAACGUAUCAUCUUCAUCGUUGGAAAUUGGAUUCAAGCACGAAUUAUUUUUAUAAGGGCGAUGAUGAUGAAAAAUCACCGAAAACGUCGGACACAGAUGUGGACUUUGAGCUCGAUGAUAUCGACGAAUUGACAUUCGAUGCGAUAAUCGAAUACAUAUAUUUCGAUAGGCUCGACUUCGAAUCUAACGUGGAAAUUUGCGAUUUACUAAGAAGCAGCGAAUUAUUGAGAAUCUACGAGUUGACGUACUUAUGUAUAAACCGAAUCAGCGUACAUCUGAAUACGAAUAAUCCGCGUAUUUGGGCCGAUUUCAUUAAAAUCUUGAAUUUCAUCGUCUGCAAGGAUAAUUACAACGACUUGUGUGUCCUUUUCCGCGAGCACAUCGUUUCCACAUGGCCGAAAAUAUGCACGUUGCCUGAUUUUUGUACUAUUUCUUGCAUUAUAUUGGAAAGUAUUCUUAAAUUGGAGAAUCUGGAAAUCAAUCAUCCUGAUGAGAUUUUAGACAGUUGUUCAAAGUGGAUCGCUCACGAUGCUCAAAACCGGUACCAGUUUUUGCCUCGAAUCGCCAAUUCAAUCAGUCGUAAUCACCAUAUAAAUCCCUGUAGCCCUGUGGAAAAUCCUGCAGAUUGGAAAGUCUGCUCCGUGGAAUUCGUUAAGAAUAAAUUAUGGGAAAUGUUACGCUCCGUUUCGUCGGUCAUUUCAAAUAACAGUUCGCAGAAUGAACCAGGAUUAGCGCAACAACCGGCGUUCAUCGCACCACUAAAAAUAGUUAAUGAUGGUCUGUUUGAUAUUCUCGAUCUUAAUUUCAAUAUUAUCAAAAGUGUGCACCUAUUGUCUUCUGGUUAUUAUUGUGAAAAACCGUCCGCAGCUUUAAUCAACAACAACUUAUUCAUUCUUUUCAAAAUCCAAAAGAAGUUUUCAUUCCAAGUCUACAACCUUGCGUCGAAAAAGUUCUUUUCGUUGGCUCUAUUUAAUCGAUUAAUAAAAAUGGAUGAUCAACAACUAACCCUUUUGAAUUGUAACGACGAAUUAUACUGCUGCUGCGAGAAUGGCGCGAUAUUGAAGUAUUCAGCCCUAUUGAAUCGUUGGAGGUUCAUCGUGAAAAAUGUAGAUGGAAGAGACCGAAUGCUGUAUACCAGCAAUGGAAACACGCUUUACAGGUUCAGCAGACAAACCCAGAUGAGAACGAUUUCUUUCAUCGCCGAAGCGUAUGAUUUUGAAGAAAAUAUGUGGAUUUCACUGCCAGAAUUACCGUCGCGAAUAAAUCGACACUAUUUUUCAAGAAUCUCCCCUACUAGUCUGACUGCUGUUGACAAUGACCUUGCGGUUUCGUUUGCUUCCGAUAUUGUGUUCUUCAAUCAUGAACAGCUAUCAUGGUAUGAUAUCGAAAUUGGUAUUCCAGGCUGUCCCAGUAGGGAUUUCGGCGCUUUUAUUUUAACCCAGCGUCAAGGAAAAGUUGUGUGUAUGCGAGAUAAGAAGCUUUGGUAUGUUUCUACCGAUAACGGAAAGUCAACAUCGAAUCAGAAAAUCCUGCCUGAUAAGUAUUCUACUGGUAUUGUCGCAGUUCAAUAUGUUUCCUAAAGUUUAGUUAUUUUUGUACGAAGUAUUUUUACUGAUAAGAAAAUUGACAGUAUUUUUCAAUUUGAAUUGUCACUCAACUGACUUGUUUCGUCCACCAACAUGGUGACGUCUUGGUUAGAACUAUAGACUUUAUUAUGGAAUUUACUCUUCUCGUUUCUCCAAAAAGUGAUAGUAAUUCACGACUCUGUAUCAAGUUGUAAAUUUUUCAGCUUUUUUUCUACAAUUAGAUUUUUUUAGUCGGUACGUACAGGGUUAUUGAUUGGUUCUAAACUCUUUAAACCCUAUUUAACUUCAAUUUUUUAGUUUUUUUUUUGAGCUAAAACUCAUGAUAAGGUACAUGUUGGAAGAGGAGUAAUAAUGAGAUGGAAGAUUUGAAACUGGGAUUUUAAAUGAAAAUCAAAUGUUUUUGCUUGAAUAGUUCUCUGUUUCGAUCAUUGUUUUGUGAUUUAAGUAUACAAUACGUGUUUUUAAAAAAAUGUUAUCAGUGUACUUUAUUUAUGUUUGUUUUUCAUUUUUUAAUGAAAUAUAGUUACUGUAGAAGAUUA